AUGCUUGACCCCAAAGUCCUAGAAGUCCCUGCUGUGAUAUUUGACAAUGGCUCUGGACUGUGCAAGGCAGGAAUUGCUGGAGAUAACGUCCCGCGGUCAGUCAUCACCGCAAUUGUUGGUCGCUCCAAAGCCAAAGCCACCAUGUUAGGAGCUGGACAGAAGGAGUAUUAUGUUGGAGAAGAGGCACAGUCCAAACGAGGGGUGCUGUCCUUGAAUUAUCCCAUCGAUCAUGGCAUAGUGACUUCCUGGGAUGACAUGGAGCAUAUCUGGAGGCAUGUCUAUGAGUGUGAGCUGAGAGUCCAGGCCAACGAGCACCCGGUCCUGCUGACAGAGGCUCCACUCAACCCUCUGCAGAACCGAGAAAAGAUGACAGAGAUUAUGUUUGAAAGCUUUAAGGUGCCUGCCAUGUACGUGGCUGUUCAAGCCACGUUGGCCCUCUAUGCUUCCGCCCGGACCACAGGGAUAGUCAUGGACAGUGGAGAUGGGGUUACUCACACUGUACCCAUCUAUGAGGGCUACUGCUUACCCCAUGCAGUUUCCCGACUCGACGUCGCAGGCCGAGACAUCACCGAAUACCUCAUGAGGCUUCUGUUGGAAAGUGGACAUUCCUUUGUGAGCACUGCCGAGAGAGAAAUUGUAAAAGAUAUUAAAGAGAGACUGUGCUAUGUGACCUUCGAUCCCAUCCAAGCCAUGAAGAUUAAGUCAGAAGAAAUCCUCAAAGAAUAUAAGUUGCCGGAUGGGAACAUUAUCAAAAUUGGCAACCAGCUCUUCCGAGCCCCCGAGACCCUGUUUAUGCCAGCAAACGUUGGGGUUGAAGCUCCCGGGGUCCAUAAGAUGCUCUUUAACAGCAUCCGAAAAUGUGACAUUGACGUUCGGAAAAACCUGUAUAGUAAUAUCUUGCUCUCUGGAGGUUCCACGCUCUUCCAUGGUCUGGAUGAGAGGAUUCUGAAGGAGAUCCAGCUCCAGGCUCCUGGAGGAAUCUCCGUCAGGAUCAUCGCCCCACCAGAACGGAAGUAUUGUGUAUGGAUAGGAGCCUCCAUCCUCACCUCCCUUACAUCCUUCAAACAUAUGUGGAUCACGACUUCCGAUUAUAAGGAGUUUGGCCCCACCAUGGUUCACCGGAAAUGUUUCUAA